GCUUUAACUGUCAAAGACAGAGGAAGCGGGAGGAGAGUAGGCUGCUCAUUCAUCCUUUGCUCUCUCCCAAACAAACCUUCAGUUGCCUGUCUUUAUUAGUUCUCCUGCUGCGUCGAGAAUCUUUUCGCUGUACAGAACUAAUUCAGAUAAUGUUGUUAGUGAUGUUUUUUUUAAAAAGCUCUUUGUCGCUAAGGUUAUCAUGAAAUUAGUUGGUGACCGGGCUAAAAAAAUAACGAAUGCAGCUAGCUAGCUAACGUUCAGUACUGGUUUGUCAUCUCAGACCGGCAACAAGGAGACUAUGUUAUGGAUUAUCAACUGACUUCAAUGCUCUAUCCUGACUAAACGAGGAGUCUUAUAUUGGUGCAAGCUGACAGUUGUUCAAGAAAAUCAAUUCAGUCAUUGUUGGCAAGCACCUCUCUCUAAAAAAUGACGGUUGUCAGCCCCACUGUCGUUCCCAGGAUGGUGCAGAAGUACCAGUCGCCUGUCCGGGUGUACAAGCAGCCCUUUGAGCUGGUGAUGGCGGCGUACGAGCGCCGGUUCCCCACCUGUCAUCUCAUCCCCAUGUUCGUGGACAGCGAGGUGCUCGGCGAAAGCGUGACGGACGAUGGCUCGGUGCACACUGUGCAGCGCCGCUGCAAGCUGGACGUGGACGCCCCUCGCCUCCUCAAACGUAUUGCGGGGGUGGACUAUGUGUACUUCAGCCAGGAGAACACCCUGAAUAAACGGGACAGGACGCUGCACAUCGAGUCCCACAACGAGACCUUCUCCAACCGAGUGAUCAUCCAUGAACUCUGUUGUUAUUCGGCCCACCCUGACAAUGAGGACUGGACGUGUUUUGAGCAGUCGGCCAGCCUGGACAUCAAGUCCUUCUUCGGUUUCGAGAGCACAGUGGAGAAGAUAGCCAUGAAGCAGUACGCCAGCAGCAUCAAGAAGGGUAAGGAGAUCAUAGAGUUCUACCUGAAUCAGCUGGAGGAAGAGGGAAUUACCCAGGUGCCUCGCUGGAGCCCCUCCCUGGACGGCCCCUCGGUCGCUGUCAAACCCGUCUGUGCCACCCCGAAAAUCCCAGACCAGGACCUGCCCGCCGUGCCCGCCCUCUCGGACCCUGCGCCCGCUGACGAUGGGGACGGACUCCGUGCCAGCAGUAACGAUUCCAGCCUGAACGAUUCCACGACCAAAGACUGUAGUCGGCAGGCUGAAAACCAGGCGGAAAACACGACGGCCGUUCCUGAGGACAAGUUAGAUGCGGACUACAUCAAACGCUACUUGGGAGACCUGACCCCCCUGCAGGAGAGCUGUCUGAUCCGACUACGCCAGUGGCUGCAGGAAAGUCACAAGGGCAAGAUCCCGAAAGACGAGCACAUCCUCCGGUUCUUGCGGGCCCGGGACUUCAACAUGGACAAGGCCCGGGAGACCAUGUGCCAGUCUCUGACCUGGAGGAAGCAGCACCAGGUGGACCACCUGCUGGAGACGUGGACCUCGCCGCGGGUCCUCAGCGACUACUACACUGGGGGCUGGCACCAUCACGACAAAGAGGGUCGUCCACUCUACAUCCUCCGGCUGGGACAGAUGGACACCAAGGGGCUGGUCCGAGCCCUGGGGGAGGAGUCUCUACUCAGACACGUCCUGUCCAUAAACGAGGAGGGCCUCCGGCGCUGUGAGGAGAACACCAAAGUCUUCGGUCGACCCAUCAGCUGCUGGACGUGCCUGGUGGACCUGGAGGGGCUGAACAUGCGUCACCUGUGGCGUCCGGGCGUUAAAGCCCUGCUGAGGAUCAUCGAGGUGGUGGAGGCCAACUACCCAGAGACCCUGGGACGCCUGCUCAUACUGAGGGCCCCACGGGUCUUCCCGGUGCUCUGGACCCUGGUGAGCCCGUUCAUCGACGAGAACACUCGUAAGAAGUUCCUGAUUUACGCCGGCAAUGAUUACCAGGGGCCCGGGGGUCUGGUGGACUACAUCGACAAGGAAAUCAUCCCCGACUUCCUAGGAGGAGAUUGUAUGUGUGAUGUUCCAGAAGGAGGCCUGGUUCCCAAGUCUCUCUAUCGUACUGCAGAGGAGCUGGAGAACGACGACAUUCGCCUGUGGACAGAGACUAUUUACCAGAGCGCCAGCAUUUUCAAGGGAGCACCACACGAGGUGGUGAUCGAGAUCAUCGACGCCGCCUCCGUGAUCACCUGGGACUUUGACGUGUGUAAGGGUGACGUGGUGUUCCACAUCUAUCACUCCAAACGGGCCCCCCAGCCCCCGGCCCGGAAGGACCCACCAGGCGGGCCGCACGGCAGCAUCACCACCCCGGGCGGAAACAAUGUGCAGCUCAUCGACCGUUCCUGGACCCUGGGCUUGGACUACAGCAUGGUGGAGUCACCACUCACCUGCAGGGAGGGGGAGAGUGUGCAGGGCUCCCAUGUCACUCGGUGGCCGGGCUUCUACAUCCUCCAGUGGCGGUUCCACAACAUGCCUGGCAGCUCCUCCACCAACCUGCCCCGCGUGGACGACGUCCUUGCCUCCCUGCAGGUCUCCUCCCACAAGUGCAAGGUCAUGUACUACACGGAGGUCAUUGGCUCUGAGGACUUCAGAACGGCUUGCUUUGACGUUCAAAGUUUGGGCUCCAUGACUAGUCUGGAGUCGAGUCACAGUGGUUUCUCACAGCUCAGCCAUGCCACCUCCUCCUCCAACAACUCUCAGUCCAGCUCCAUGAUUUCCAGGUAGAGGACUACAACUCUCCCUUCACUGGACUACAUUACCCCCCCCCCUCCUGCUCCAGGCUUCACAGCCGAGAUUCAACUCUCUCACCACCUCAAACUGCACUACAAGUAGUCAGUCACAAUGUGGAGCUGAAGCAUGCCAUGAACAACGGAGGAUAAAGCAAAUGCCUGCGUUUGAAAGCAAAAACAAAGACUUGUCUAUGAUGUAAAGGGCUACGUUUUUACUGCUGCAGGUCACCUUUUCCUAACCAGCUUUCUGCUGGACCACAGAACAGAACGUUGGCAGAAUGCCGGGUGAACGUUUUUCUGCCUGUUGGGAUGUGUCCUACCCACGGAGUGCCAGACAAGCAAAUCGUCACACUCCUUUAAUAAGCUGUGGGACAGGAAAUGAACUGGAUGCGCUGUCUCAUAAAUAUGCAUAAUAACCUCUCACAGAUGCACAUCUGAUGGAUAGAUGUACAACACACACGUAGACACUUUAUUGGUUUGAAGAAACUAAAAAGGAAAAAAAUAAUUAAAAGGUCUAAAUAUAAGAAAAUGCACAGACACACAGGUGUUUACACACACUGAAUGCACAAAUGCACAGUAUUUGCCAUAUCCCCAGAGGGCUUUGAAUCUACCUGGUGAGUCAUUUAUUGGUAACAAUAGGAUUAAAGCCGGAAGCUAGGCAUCUGCUAGAAGCAAUAAUCAGUUUGAAUUUAUGCCGUUGGCGGGUUUAAUUAUUUAUCAUGAAAGUGUGUGUAUGAGGUUUGGUCAUGUGCGGUUGACCGCCCAGUUCAUGCAACCAGGUGGACGGACAGUUUUUCAUUUGAAGAAAUAGCCGGAAGAAGUUGACAGAGGUUAUUUUGAUAACCUCCGAUAAAUAUAUUGAACAUUUUAAUUAAUAAUAAUA